GUACAGUUGAACAUUUGCAGAUUCUACUCGCUAUACAUAUAGACAUAUUCACGAUCUACACGCAAGCCCUUCUCCGGUUCCUACGUUCCCACGCCACAUCACGAACCGACGCCCGCCUCUGGAUCUCACGGCAUCGCGACACAGCGACAGAUGGGUUUACAACUAGGUGCUUACGAGUCUGACACGGACAGCGAUGCAGGUUCCGGAAAAUCGGUAACUACUCGCUCGCCUUCGUUCCAAUCGCUGCCUGUCGCGGGAGACAGGAUCGGGGGGACCGGGAAAGAACCUCUUGCUGGCAAGACACCACAAGGACGUGUCAAACAGCCCAUCAAAAUCGGAUCAAAGCACCCACUCAUGGGAAAGUCUUCCUUACCAUCCGAAGGGUCGGAUGACGAUCAUGCCCAAUCGCUUUCUUCCUCUUCGAACAAACGGACUCGGCCUCUGGGUUCGUCGUCCACUCAAAGCGGCAGAAGUGGUCUCGUCGAUCUGCUACCUCCCCCGAAAAAGAAGGCGAAGACGGUCAGCAAACCGACAGUUAUACCGAAGGAUGUGGUCGAUUCCCGAUCUGCCACGUCUCGGGUUGACCUGCAACUCGAUAGCGCAAACGAUAAAGCUGUCGAUGACCUAGCACCAACUGUUGACAACAGGAAGAAACGGAAUGAGAUGGAUCUUUUUGGAUUAAUUCCUUCCGAAGGGCCAAAGUCAACCGGUUCACUGCAAGAUCUCCCUGACCGAUCUUCCCCUCUCACGAUCUCAGCUGCUCCGUUGGAUGAUACAAGUCUGGGCCAAGGACUCGAAACACCGUCUCCGAAAGCGGUCGGUUCAGGGCGAUCCGUGCCGGAUGACCUUGUCUCUCAGGGUGCUCUGGGACACGCAUGGAAGGACGUGACUAGUCAGGAUUCAAGCGAAAUGCGUAACUGGGAUGUAAAACGUAAUAUGGCGGAAGCUCGCCAGCUCGAAGACGAACGGGCGAAGCUGUUGGCGGCUCCCGUCUAUCAAGAACAAGGCACAUACAAAGCUGUGGGCAGGACGACCGGGCUAGCUGGCAAACGCCACCAGCUCUCCGCAUUGUUGCAAGACGCACAUUCCAACAGACGAGCGCUCGAAGAUCGUAUCGCCGAGAACAAACGGAACAAGAGGGAGGCGGGCACGAAAUAUGGGUUCUAGCUUGUCUUUUAUCCUAUAUCCUAAUCCGGUUCUGGUCAUUGGGUUUGAACGACCGGCAGUGGCCUUUGUGUAUUAGCUACGUCCACCGGAACAACGGGCUUGCAAGGUUUCGGGAUGGGGGUGUCCGCAUGGAUGGUCGGAUUUUUUACCCUACCAACCCUUCGGUACUUCCGAUGCGUACGAAAGAAAGUCUUCCAUGCAGCUAAGCCCU